AUGAAGGCAGAGCAGUCUGACGGCGAAGAAUCAGAUGACAUUGAUGAGUCGAAUGACGACAACGAGAUGGCCACUUCACCCAAAGGCUCAGGCGUACUACCACCACCAGAUGUGACAAGUCGGUCCAAGGUCGCCGAGUACAGACCCAAGAAAGAUUGCGACUUUUGUGGUGUAGCACAAAUUGAGCCCAGAAAAAGCACAGACGCCUUACCCACCGUCGUGCGAAAGGCAUGCUGCCAGAAGACACAGCCUGCUGCGCUUGGCACCUCAACUCACACAGGACAGUCUAUUGCGUUCAGCACCUUGUCUCUUCUGGCACAACCUGCCCCGUUUCCAGAUACUGUUCAACAGACACUUCCAAACAACCAAAGUUCAGGCUUAACUCCUAGCAUGAACAACCUGACAUAUGUAAAUCCAUUUGCCGCUGCAUUUGUGUCACCGACUCGUAUUGCAGCCACUAUUGCGCCUCCUGCAGCUACCUUCGCGCCUCGUACAGCUACUGCACGAAAACCACCAUCCAAUGCGGGGUUUUCGGUGCAGAUGAGACUACAUGAACAUCAUUACGGCGACUUUCGAUGUCAUGACAAAGAGACCAAAAAUUGA